AUGGAGAAGCCGGAGGUCAUCGAAGAAGCCGAAGGCGCCGGAAACAAUACCAACGUAACGAAGGGAUUCGAAGGAUUGGCGGAGAAGUUGGAGUGGUUUAUGCUGAAGGUGGCGCAGUUGGAGACUGUCGUCGAGAUUCAGCAGCUUGAACUCAACAAGCUGAACGCGAAGCUGGACGGCCACAUGGAGACAGAGCACGACAAGGAGGUGCCCCAGCUGUCGCUUCUCGAGUUGAAGCAGCAGGAGGAGGCAAAGUCGCAGCAAGCGCAGACGAUUCUGAAGAGAGUCUUCAAGAAGCACAUUCAUGAGAUGGACAAGAGGACCUUCGACUCAUCGAUAAAGGCGACGGAAGGGAUGGAGCCCCCAGCACGACCGGCUCGUGCCCAACGUCCCAAGCCCAACCGGAAGGACCCAGACAGCAGCUUGCUCGAGCGCCGACAGUCAUCAGAUGCGAGAUCUGUCGAGGAGGGGUUCUGUAGCAACAAUUAG